GAUGCAAGUGGAUUUUUGCCCAAGAAAGUUCAGAACCGCAUGGCACAAAGAGAGCAACAUCAUGUUUCACCCUACAAAGAUGGUUUGGAUAAACUUGUGGAUUCUCUUGCCUUCCUAGAGCACAAUGUGUCUGCAAGAAAAGAGUUACUAGGAAUAUCACCUGCAGGACCAGAGGGAUCAGUCUACCAUCUGACUGUUAAGGGAUUUUCUGAAACUGUUUCCUCUCUGGAAACUCAUGUUCAGGCUCUAGAGUUGAUUGGCAUGGGAAAUAUUGUGGAGCAGCUCAACCUGUCAGCAUUCGUGAAUGAGUCCAGAAAGGAGCAUGGUUUCGCUAAACACAAACAAGCUGGACAGUACAGGCAUCCUACCAAGGAACAAUACUGCAAAAGCAAGGGCCGUCAUGAAAUUGAGCUGAUAAAGAAGACCUGUCAGUUGCCACAUGCUUACCAUACCAAUAACUACACUGCUUAUCAGCCAACCCACAAGUCUCCACUGUCAUCUAUUGAGACGGUUCAGCUGUACAGGCAGUGGAGUGACAAACUGAAUAGUUGUACCUCUGAAGUUGGCAACAAAAACGAUCUCAAAGUUGCUAGAAUGUUCAACACUCUAACUAAGGCCAAACCAUCACAGAAUGUACGUGACCUUUACAGGUAUAAAUGUGGGUAUGGUCCUUGUGUGAUGUUUCAAAAAGAUGCACUAUUUCAAGAUGAAACAUAUAACCACCAUUACCCAGCCUUCCACCAGCUGAUGACAGAUCUUGAAGUGCAAAGAAACACAACAAACAACGAAAGGAUUGUAUGUAAUGAUUACCUGCUUCUUCCAGGAGACAUUGCUGCAGUAAAUCCAGGAAGCAAUGAAGGAAUUCCAUCAGCAGACAAAUGGUGGUUGCUUCAGAUAAAUAAAGCCCACCCUGCUGGGAGAACUGGCAGUGGAUGCCAUGUAUUUGGAUUCUGGUUAAACGAGGAGAUAUUACAUGAAGAAGGGAGAAGGUUCCACUUGCUGACACCAUCAGUCAAAGUGUACUAUGGAAGCAUUAUCAAAGACCCAGAAAGCAAAUUGCCAAUUGUGGUACCUGUGGAGGAAUUGAAUGCAGGAUGGAAUACCAACUCAGUGAGCUAUGCAUUCAGUGAUGAAUAUUGCCAUAAGCUGGAUGUUCUAGCAGAAAGAUUCAGAAAAGACCUUGACCUAGUAGAUGAAACACCAGAUACACAUACAGAUAGUGGAAGUGACACAGAUGGAGAUCCUGAUGAAUUGCAACAUGAGGUAGAGCUUAGUGCUUUAAAUGCCAGAAGACGACGGACGAUCACUAAUGCUGAUGGAAAUGUUGUGCAGUCCUACAGAGAUCUGUGUUUACCUAGAACCAGGAGAACAAAACAACGCUUAGAAGCUCUAACCACAGUAGACAACUUUUCAGGAGCAGAAAGGAACAAUCCAGAGUUUUAAUAAGUGUUCCUUUUUAAGUUGUGAAAAUGCUUAAAGUGGGAUCAAACAAAUCAUUGAUUCUGAAAAUUUCAUUAUAUAUCCUACAUCCUACUUAAGAAUUCAAAUUUUAUUCCAAAAGCUGCCAAUUAAAGCAUUGGCUAUCAAUUUUUAGUAGCAGGUUAUUGCAGUUUAGGGCAAUUUUCAGUGGUCCUGGUAUAAGCAUGACUCACAAAUAAAAACAAUUAUUGUAAUAUCACAAAUAUGCAAUAUUCUGUCUUUUUCUGUGCAGACGUCUAGUAUUUACAAAUUGAAUUUGCAAAAGACAGUAAUUGUUGUGGUUUGAAAAAUACUUAAUAUUAGUAACUAUUCAUUAUUUUUAAUUUUUUGAGAAAUCAAUUUAAAGGCAGCUGAAAUGAAUUGCUGAUUUUUAACAUUAUUUUAUUAGCCACAAAUGUGUUGGCAAAUAGUCAGGAUUAGUCAUACAAUUAUUGAACCUAGUAUGAUUUUCUUAAUAUGAUUAUUAUUGAUAUAUAUAAUAUUAGAUAGUAAGAAUACUAACAAUUUAUUGACCUUGGUUUGCUCUUCAUACAGUAAUUUAAUGUUUCAGUUUUCAUUGCUAUAAACUUUCAGUCAGUAAGUUAUAGAAAAUGUUGUUUUCAUUUAAGCCAUGAAAAAAAAACUUGAGUGCAAUACGUAGUGCUCUAAGUUUCUUUAACAUGAAAACCACUCUAACCCAUGUUUUGCAAAAUCAGUGUUGCAAAGGCUGCUAUUUACUAUUCAGACAGAAGAAAAGUACUGCAGUAAUAUAUAUAUUCUUGGGUUUAUUGUUUUAAGACUUGAUUUGAACAGAAAUAGUUUAUAAACAAAUGACAAAUUGCAUCAAAUGGUUGAAAGUAAAAAAAUUGCUUUUA